AUGAGGUCUUCUAUCCUGGAAGCGCCCCUGCUGGUGUUUACUCCACAGUACUUCACAACGUUGAAUGUCUAUCAACAAUGGCUGCAAAUUUUCGGUCCACAUGUUCCUCUUCCUGAAGAUGAGCGAAAUCUGCCAGGUUAUCCUCAAGGUAACCUGUACACGGAAACUAGCGAAGAGGGUCCCAGAUAUCGGUAUUGUAGCAAGGAAAGAGUUUGGAAGCCCAGGUCUUAUUUUCCCUUCAGCAAUGGCAGGUUUCUGUGUACAUGCUUUCAGUGUAAAGGGUCUGAUAUAAGAAGGGAAGCUAGACGACGAGGAGAAUCACUGGAGAACAGGAACGCGGACUUACCACAAGAAAUACAGCCAAAUCAGGAUGUGAUAGCGCGAUUUUCGCAACCGGGUAUGCCCAUAGUCAAUACAGACCAGCGAAAAUACAGUGUUGCCAAUUUGCCUUUGAUGCCGAAGGCUAAACCAUAUACUGCGAAGCCUGUACCAAAAUGUCCUAUGCCCGCACCAGUACUCGCUACACCAGCUCCAGGUCCGGCUAAAGAGACCAUAUCAAGGCUCGAGGAAUUAAAAGGAGCACAUUCCGAGGCAGAAAGGCUUCGGUCUCGUCUUUUUGGUCAUGGGAGAAUGAAGAAACUGUUCGAAGCGAAUCUAGAAAAAUUGACGAUGGCGACGGAUCGUGUCAGUGAAGAGAGUGAGAACAACAGAGGCAAGAGAAUGGCCGAGGCAGCUAGGUUCCAAGACCUCAUAUCCAAAGAGGAUGAUUUACUCAAUAAAACCCUAAGUGAUCUGGAUGAUCUCAAUCUCGCGAUUGAUCUUAUGACCGAAUUGAACAAAGACAAUAUUGGCUACCGAAACAACAAUGAAGAUACGGUUCUUCCCAGUGUCGAGAAGGAAUGUGAUGUCACACUAUCCAAUAGCCCUGAGAACUUUGACAAUACAAGUGACGCAGGCGUUGAACUUGCUGAUCAAACCAACGAUAUAUUGCGCUUUUCACCAAUGCUGCAUAGCUAUCCUCCACUUGAUGAAGAUGGUCAUGUACUCAGCAACAAUGAUCCAUUUGGGCAAGAUCCUAAAUCCGCGAGCGGAUUGGACGGCACGGUCGAAAAGGAGUCUGGAGACGGAACAGGGGAUGUCGAUAUGACCUCCGAACUCAAUACUCUCGCUACGGUAAGUGCUGGUGUUCCUCAUGCUGAUUCCUCCAUGAUUCUUCGAGAUCAAGACAUCAUUGAUCCAAACUUUCAACAGCUUUCAAACACCCAAACAAAUAAUCCUCAACCUCAAGAAAUAGUCGACCUUAAUCCAUUUCGAGCGCUGUCAGUCUCCCAAGAGGUUCAAGAUCAACAUGCUCCAUCUUGCCAAGCUCAAUCUCGUCAACCUUCUCCUCGUCAACGAUUCCAAUUCCAGGCUCGCAUACCCUCGGCAUCCAGAGACCUUAAUCCGCAUUGGCCAUACCAAGCUUCAGGUCACAAUUCGAAUCAUUCAAAGCCCCAUAAAGCUACGAAUGCUGCCGCACAACGCUCCCCGUUGACCGCACACACACCUGACUUGAAUCCAAACCCCUUCAGAAAUCCCAAUCCUGCCGCCGUCUUUCAGUUUGGACAGUCUACUACGCUGGGAGAUUCCGGGCAUUAUGGUAACAAGAUAGCGGAAGAUGUUGAGGGAGUUCAGAAUUUAGCCUCACAGCAAACACGAGAAACUGCUGAGCAAGCGCAACAAUAUCAACCAAAUGGACCGACGAAAAUAUCUCAGUUGGUGCAAAAAUCAAAAAAUGUUUACGGUCAAGCCGCUCAACAGGUGAGGCUGGCUCAAGAGGCUCGAGAGUUACAAGAAGCUCACGAUGAACUGGCCCAAGAACGACUAUCUCAACCGACUAGAGCGGUCCAACAGCCGAAACAAGCUUGCGACCAGCUGGCUCAAGAUCCAUUGACCGAAGAACAGAUAGCUCAAAAUGCAAAAAUCUUUUACGAGCGACAAACUUCCGAGAAUCGAGCUUCCGAGAAACGAGAUCAACAGGAUAAAUUAACUCAGAAGGCGAGUCUAGCUCACGAGCGAGUGGCCCAAGAGCAGCCAGCUCAAGAACAACCAGUACAACCGACUGAUUUGUUCCAACUAGCGAAGCAAGCUUGUGACCGACUCGCUCAGGAUCAAUUGGCCCAAAAAAAACGUGCUGAAAGUGCAAGAGACGCUUACGAGAAACGAACUCAACAAAAGGAAUCGACCUGCGAGAUGACUCUAACUCAUGACCAAAUGGAUCAAGACGAAAUGGAACAAGACCAACUAGCUCAAAGGGCAAUGCAUGCAAGAGAUGUUUAUGACCAAAUAGCUCACGAGAAACGAACUCGACAAAACGAAUCGACCUACGAGACGACUCUAGAUCGUGACCAAAUGGAUCAGGAGCAAAUGGAUCAAGAUCAAUCCUACCAAUACCAACUGGAUCAAGACCAAUUAGCUGAAGACCAACUGGCUCAAAAGGCAAUGGAUGCAAGAGACGUCUACGACCAACGAGCUUGCGAGAUACGAGAUCAAAAGAAUGUACUAGCGAAACACGUUCACUACGCUCACGACCAACUCUCUCAACUAUCUCAGCAAACCCAGCUCGCUCUACAACAUCAACAAGAAAUCCGAGCUCAGAUAGCAGAAUACCAAGCAAGAUUACAGAGACAAACCUUCGAAUCUCUCCCGAACUUCCGUUCCCUUCCAAUCCGCGGAUUAGCUCAACCAACCCAGCGCACCCAACUCCCCAAACGACACGCAGAAGAAUCUCCAGAAUCGCCACAGCAGCACGAACCUGAACACUCUAUCCGACGAUCUAAGCGAGCUAGACAUCGAGCAGAGACAGAAGCUGAGAUGCGGGAACGAGAAGAUUUGCGUGAGAAGCAGAUUCAGCAACGAGUGGAGAUACGGGAGUUGCAGCAGAUAGAAAGGGUUGCUAAGCUUUCGAUUGAGAGUAAGCGGAGAUGUAAGAAGGGAUGA